CUGGGUCCGCCUCCAGCUGCUCCAAGUCUUCUCUCCUUUGGGUUUUGGCAAUUUUGGGGUGAGGGGAUGUGAGCUGAGUGAGCAGAGUAUCCCAUCUUAGUCUCCCCUCUGGCCACCGCAGCCCCUUACUGCCUUUAUGAAGAAAAAUUAGGCAACGUGAGUCGCCUCCACCAAAACAAGCCAGCCAUCCUCUAUGAAGCCCCCCGAGCAGAGGGUCAACAAAGAAAACAGUCUUUUAUUCUUCUGUUUCUAGAAAACGUAAAUAACAAGAAAUCUGCAUUCAAACUGGGCCAGGAAAGAAUGUUUGGACAAAAUGAGGAUUACAGGAUGGACGAGAUUUUGAAAACGAACCCUAUGGCCUUUGAGACCACGGCAAUCACGUUCUUCAUCAUCCUUCUCAUUUGCUUCCUCUGUAUCCUCUUUUUGCUGGCGGUGUUUUUAUAUAAAUGUUUCAGAGGCAAGAACACUGAUGAGCCGGGGAAGCUCCCUUGCUCUGAUGAAAACGAAGGGGAAGACUGUUUGGCUGCCAAUGCAGAGAACAAACCCGAAGAUGAUGACAAGGUCCUACUGCACUUUGUAAACAUGGACAUGCCAAUGAGACCUGGUAUUCUUGUCCAAAGACAGAGUAAGGAAGCCACGCCCUUAGGAGAGAACAUCGAAGGAGAUGACAGAAACAGACAGACAUUAGAGGCUGUGAAUGCUCAAGAAGCCACCUACGAGGAUGAUAAUGCUGAGAAAACACCCAUGCAUGUCCACAGAACUCCUUCAGUUAUCGAAAGCCAAAAAAGACCUUUAAAAGGAGUGACGUUUUCUAAGGAGGUAAUUGUUGUGGAUCUUGGAAAUGACUACCCCACAGCGCGAAGCUAUGCUCGAGAACAUAAAGAGAGGAAGUGAGGUGCACAAAAGGCUGCCGGGAGAGAAAUGUAACCUUUGAGUAGUGCUGGACUGACUGAGGGUACUGGGUCGUGUCAGAGCAGCAGAAUGAUGGGAAAAGAGCAAAUACACACGGUAUUUUACCUUAGUCAGAAAGAC